ACGCUGGUUAGAGAUAAGACAACAUAACCUUAAAAAGUACAAAUAACGUCAAAUCAAUCUGUCAAAAAAUUAUAACCUAACAUUUUUAUUAAAUAACUUUUUAAAAGUGAUAAAAUGCAACAAAGAGAAGAAAAACAAUUAGAAUCAGCGUUAGACUCAUUAAUUCAACGAGUAAACGAUUUAAAAUCAUCGAUAGCAGCGAUGAUAUUCAAGGUUGAAAACGAAUAUGAAACAUUAAAUUGGCCCCAAUUUCUUGAUAAUUUUGCAUUACUUUCAGGACACUUAACUUCACUUUCUAAAUUACUGAAUCACGAUAAGUGUCCGCCCUUAAGAAAUCUCACGGUGUUACCUCUAAAUUUAUCGCCAGAACGUGAUGAACAAUUGGCUCAAUUAACUGAGGGACGCGUAACCACAUUUGCGCAUGAUUUAGUUCCUGAUUAUUUAAGAACAAAACUUGAACCAAUGGCUGAAAGUAAAAUGUUACAUUUUGAGCAAAAAGCUGCAACUGUGACUUAUGAAAAUGCUCAAAAACAAGUUGCUGCUUAUCAAAAAGUCGUUUCUAACAUUUGGGAUAUUGUUAGUAAAACAAGAGAGGAAUGGGAAGUUGAGUCAUCCUCUCGAGGGAAUACACAGCAACAUUCAAGCGUUUCGGAUACACAUCUAUUAGUUACAGCUAUUGGGAUGGGGAAGGGGUUGAAACCUAAUCCCAAUGCUAAUGGAGCACCUGGUCAACCUACAGGAGGAAUGAUGGUUCCUCCACAAGGACGCCCUGGUAGUGCUGGGCAAGGCCCAAUACCACCAUCCACACAAACAAUGACAAUGAAUAAAACACCAUCAACUAUUAAAACUAAUAUUAAAAGUGCCACACAAAUUCAUCCCUACAACAGAUAAUUUUGAGUUAAUUUGGUUGCCUAACCACCAAUUUUUUAUUUAUAACGCCACGAAAUGUAACAAUAAAGGUAGCUUAAAAUAAAAAUCUGAUAAUAUUAAA